UAGCGGUGAGGCGUUGACGUACCACCGGACAGGUCGGCACCGUAGCUUGAUAACGACACAGAAGGUACAUUUAUUUAUUAAUUUAUUUCGAAUACACGACAUGCGCACAUAAACCAUCUUCGACAUCAGCACACCGUGAGGACGCAGACGAGCCAAGAUAUCAUUAGCCGCGCGGAUGUAAACAACAUACAGGCUGUGGGACACGGCGCGGUCGGAGCUCUGCUGUCAGAGAAUGUCCAAGCACGCAAACGCACCACCUGCGUCAGCUCGUGUUUUUUGUUUUUUUGUCUUCUGUUUGAAUGAGGAUCAUCAUGCCUCCGCCUCCUCCUCAGAGCCUACAAUCCAGCGGGCUGAGUCUCUCUGAAACAAGCAUAGGUUCAUUUAAGAGGAGAAAAAGGAAAUCUAUCAUUGUGACUGUGAUGCUGCUCAUCGUGUCCGUGCUCAUCCUCAUCUUCGGCCUGGCUGCGACGACCAGGACCCAGAACAUCACCGUGGGUGGCUACUACCCAGGAGUCAUUCUGGGCUUUGGCUCAUUUCUGGGAAUCAUCGGCGCUCAUCUGAUAGAAAACAAGAGGCAGAUGUUAGUAGCAUCCAUCGUCUUCAUCAGUUUUGGAGUGGUGGCUGCUUUCUGCUGUGCUAUUGUAGACGGUGUUUUUGCAGCAAGGCACAUUAACCUCGGGCCCUUAUACGCUGGUCGUUGUCAGUAUCACUCCAGUGACACAGCAUCUGACCGUGACGUCCCCUGUCAGACAUCAUCACGUGUGUCCUGUAACCUGCGUGUGAAAAGCAACACAUGUUACUGCUGCGACCUCUACAACUGUGGGAAACAGCAUCCUCUUAUGGGACUUCAGAAUAAAGAUGUUUUGAAAAAAUUUAAGAAAUCAUCCAUGAUUUGGAACCGGGUAGACGUGAUCGGAGGCUACCACGAGUACACAGAUGUGAGCAGCUGCCGGGACGUCGUGCACCUCUACCACCUGUUAUGGUCCGUGACCAUCCUCAAUAUCGUGGCACUCUUCCUGGGCAUCAUUACUGCUGCAGUGCUGGGAGGUUUCAAAGACAUGAUUCCCUCUCCUGCCUCAGAGAGUUCCUCUGAACCUGAGCCGAUCAGCACGGCCCCAGUGGUCUCGGAGCCUCCUCUGCCCACCACGUCCGUCAACUCGUAUUACAACACCGCCCCCUGUCUGCCACCUUACACAGCCUACGACCUGCAGUGCUCCUAUAUGUUUCCUGACUCCUCUGGUGAUGACUCUCAGUCUGGAGCGAGCCACCUGUGGCCCACCCUGAUCCCUCCACGCUAUUCACCACCUCACACCCACCCUGAUGAGAAGCCGCCGCCGUACAGCCCCUGAGGCGGCGAUGCGUUCAACACAACGCCUGAAAUGGUAUCGGGCAUUUUUUGGUGCCAAAACGUGUGUUUUAAAGGCACCUUCUCCUCACAGUUGUCCAGAAAGGGGGAA